GCUGUCCCCAUGGAUACAGGGCACAUAGGGAUGACUGCUACCGCUUCUAUGGCGGGAAGAACGCUCAGAACUACAGCGGUGCCAGGCAGGUGUGUCAGGAGAACGGAGGGGACAUCUACAUGUGGAGGGGCGCCGCUGCUGUCGCUAGACUCAAGAGGAGACUGAAAAGCGAUCACUCCCCAAGUCUGUGGGUAGGCCUGAGUGAUGCGGACCUGGAGGAAACCUUCCUGUGGGCUGACGGCCUGGCUUUGGACGGGAACGACUUCACCGACUGGUCUUGGGACCAACCGCACAACACGGCUGAGAAGGACUGCGUCGUCGCACGGAGGGUCCACCGGUACCGCUGGAAGGUCGUGCCCUGCAGCUACAGGAGGGCCUUCAUCUGUCAAUCACCACGGGCUCCGUGAGACAGGCGUGGCCUAGCCUCAGCAGUCCCAUUCUUUCUUUCUUUCUGUAGGUCGCCCUUUUCUUGCAGAUACUUUUAGUAUGCCUUUACCCAAAGAAUAGAAGACUGAACUUUGGAAUACGAUUGGAUUGGUAUUCGAAACAACUGGCUUUUGUUUUAUCUUUAAGUUUACUGGAAGCCUACCGAUCGAUACAUGUAGAGCCGAAAGGAACCCAGACCCUCAGUAAUGAACAAAACGUAGGUCAGUAUAAGAUAUAAGCUUAUAGACACACAUAGUUCUUCAGUUCACAGUCUGUUUUGUUGUGCUUUGUUGGUUAGGCCUAGGGAUCAAGGUGUAAUAAACACUAUAUAUGCACACCACAAGGAAAUAAAUCUGAUAGAGCGAACUAGUCUAUAUGCUAAAUUGUCAGAGUUUUGGACUAUAGCAGUGCCGUCAACGUCUAGGUAAAACCUCUAACUAGAUUGAAUUCUUUCUACUUAGAUAUUCUUGAUUUCACUGAGUUGUAACAUCAUUAGACAUUCAUAUACAGUGAUAAUAGCCAAUCUCCAAGCAGAUAUAGGAUACAGCUCAGUCUCCUUCGUCUUCCACUCUUCUCUUCUCCAUCUUCACCCUCUCUGCUAACUCAGUUUCACUGUGUGUUAUAAACGCGUGUUUUGUACGUCUCUACGCAGAAAGCACAUAGGUCUAUCUACAUCUGCUUGGAGAUUAAUAAUAUGCAGCUGGUCUGUUCUGUCCUUUCCAAUACUCAGAUAUCAUUGCAAUGUGACAUUGCUGUGCUUGUUUGAAUUAGUGCGAAGUAUUAAUUUAAAAGUAUAUUUUUGGUGUGAGAUCAGAAGCAUCAUAUACAUGUAGAAAUUCUUAUAGAUCUAAGAUACAAACAUAAACUUGUGUAGUUUUCCUAGAGUCGACAUAUUUGAUCUAAAGGUGUAAGAUUUAAGUGUAAUAUGCGUAUUGGAAGGUGGUGUAAUUUUAGGUAUGAGGCAUUAUCAUAGAUUUAAGAUAAAGAUAAAACUCUUUGGAAUUUUCGUAUAACCUGCAUAUAGUCGGCAUAUUUACUGGAACCCGUGUCCAAAACUCUUUGGAAUUUUCGUAUAACCUGCAUAUAGUCGGCAUAUUUACUGGACACGGGUAAAAAUAGAAACAUCAUAUAAUUGUGUAGAAAUGAUCCGAGAUAUAUAGAUAGAAAAGUAGACAUAUGUAGCAAUUACAUAACAUAUCAGCGCAUACUAAGUGUAAGUGAAGUUUGAUUAUAUUGCAGUGCUAAUUCUAAAUUGGAGAUAACCCUAUGUAGUGGACAAUCAUAAAGUCGGUGUGUUGAUAUAAUGUAGCAUGCACGGUUUGAACUACAUUUAUGCUUUGCAUUGCUUCAAAAGACGUUGGAAUCUUUUGGAGAUUUUGUUUCUGGUAUCUGCAAUAAAUUCUUUAAAAAAAAACACAAAUACUGGUUUAUAUCUUUU